AUGAGAAAAUUUCUUUUAAACAUUGAACUGUUUAACUUAUUUUUGGUAAUUUAGAUACACUUAGUUUGUUCAAAUAAUUGCACUUAUGAAUCCUAUGAUAGUUCAUUGUUAAGUUAGGAUUAUCCACAAGAAAUCUAAAAUUUCAACAUAGAAUAAAUGGAUUUAUCAAGAGGUAAUUCAUUUUCAUUUGGUUUUUGGAGUCAAUGCAUUCCUUUAUGGAAUCCUAUUUAUUAUCCAACAAUUUAAGGAGAUUAUCGAUAAGAUCUAUUAGAGCAUGGAUAAUUUCUGUAUUAAAUAAUGAAUGGCAAUAAAAUUUCAGUGAUUUCAUAUGUUAUUUUAGAGUUGUAAAGUUUAAAAGUAGGUCAUGUAGUUGAUAUUUAGAAUAAUAAAAAUGCAAUUUCUCUAUUAUUUAAUUAUCCUCCAUAAGACUAUGAAGGUAAAUGGAUCUUUACAUUUAUAACAAUAUAACCACAAAUGAAGAAAAUAAUAAUUUAAAUGGAUGAUUAGUUAAAAUAUAUAUAGCCUUUAGAGAUUAUUUCUAACAUUUUUACAAUAAUAAUAGGAGGAAGAGGAUAUGUAAAAAUAAAAUUAAUAUAUUUUUAUAGACUGAUAAAUUGUUGAAUUUAAAUCUCUUCAAAGGCAGAUUAUCUAAGCUAUAUUGGAAUAAUAAUUGGUUUUUUAAUGAGAAUAUGCACAAUUUUUUAACUUAAAAUUGUAAAAUAGCAUAGAUUUCAGAAAAAGAAGAGAUAGUAAUGAUAAUUAAAGGAUUAUAAUAUUUUGAUGGAUAAACAGAACGAUAAGGUUAUUUUGAUUAAUUUGGAAAUAAAUAUUGUAUUUCAGGUUGGAUGAAAGUUGAUAUUACUUAGAUUGAUUAUUAUUCUAAAAUGCCCAUUAUUAGAAUUACUGCAUUUAAGAAUUAUGGUAGUGGAAAAAAUAUAGGAGAUGAAUUAAUGAAAUUAGAGAUUGAGAUUAAUAAAAUAUAAACAGAUAAAACAAAAUAUAUUCUUACUAGUAAUUUAUAUGGAAUACCUAAAUUAAGUUUAUAGAGUUAAUAUUCAGACUUAAAUUCUAUUUUAAGUUUAGAAUCUUGCUGUGGCUAUUAUUUAAAUGGUGUAUAAUAAUGGCAUUUUAUAUAAUAUGAAUAUGGUAGAUAAUAAAAAAAUGAAAAGAUAAUGAUUUAGAUUUAAUUUUCAAAUGAAUUAGGAAUAUAAACUUAUUUAAUUGGAUCAACUAAAUAUUAGUCUUCAUUUAUUAACUCAAGAUUUUAUUAUCUUUUUGGUGGAGAUUACUUUACAAGUAAAAUGCUUUAAGCUUUUGUGAGUGAUUUUAAAGUUUAAUUCAAUUACCAAAAAGAUAAGGAUUUUAUGAAAGAUGGUAAUUGUUUUAUAUAUAUUUAACAAUAGUAUGUUAUUAUUCUUGUGAAACUUGUAAUGGGCCUUAAUAAACUAAUUGUUUAUCUUGUAAUCCUGAUUCUAAUAGAGUUUUUUUAAAUGAAGAAAAUAAAUGUCAAUGUUAAUAAGGUUACAUUGAUUAUGAUGGAUAAAAAUUUUGUGUUAAAUUUGAAAAUAGAUUUCCAUCAAUUUCUCAAUCAUUUAUCAUAAAUGAAGAAUAAACUUCUUGUUAAUAUGGAUACUUUUUAGUACCUAGAAGUAACUAAUGUGUUAAAUGGUAAAAUUAUAUCAUAUCUCAAGUCCUUAAGAAAAUAAAAAUGAUUUACUCUGUGUUGAUUGCUUACAAUUUCCUUUAACUUGGUAUUAAUAAACUGUGUGCACAAUGGAUUUCAUUAAUUAAGGAUAAUAAUUUGAUAGUGCUUAUCAAUUAAAUUUCAGAGAUUACAGAGAUUACGAUUUUUAUUUCCUUGAUGAUUUAAAUUAAUUAAAUCUUUAAUAAGGUUUUUAAAAAAUUGUAAUCCAGAUAGAAAAGAGGAGAAAUGCGUUUUAUCAAGAGAAAAAACUUAAGGGUAUUAUAUUUAUGUUAGUUGUAAACCUAAUUAUUAUAUAAAUAAUAAUGAUUGUUAAGAAAUAAAUUCUCAUUGUUUAGAAGCUUAAGAAAAUGGAAAUUGUAGAGUUUGUAUUGAUAAAAUGUAUCCAUUUAAUAAUAAAUGCAAUAAUUGUCCUAUUCAUUGUUAAACUUGUAAUUUUAAUCAAAUUGAUUAAGAAGUCUAAUGUACUUCUUGUUCUGAAAAAUUUACUUUAAAAGAUAAAUAAUGUUAACCUUGUGGAUCAUAUUGUCAAUAAUGUUAACAUUAUUAUGAUAAUAAUAGUAAAUAUUCUUACCUAAAAUGUAUGAAAUGUAUUGAUGAUUCAAAAUAUUUUCUAUCAUUUGAUGGCAUUAAUUGUUAAUAAAAUAAAAUUGAAAACUGUCUUUAUGCAUUUUAAUAUUUAAAAUCAGAUUAAAAAGUUAAUACUAUAGAUUAAUAUUUUGAACUUUAAUUCAAUUAAUAAAAUAUAAUGACAUCAUGUGCUAGAUGUUUAGAUAAUUUUAUUUUUGUAUUAUCAGAAUAAGUUUGCUUAUUAUUAAAAAAUAGUUCAUGUGUAUUUGGUUAUGCUUAAUAAUUAGUAUAGUGUGAUUCAAAGUAAAAUAAUCUUGCAUAUUCAUAAACAAAGGGAAAUGUAUGUACAACUUAAUAAAUUUGUUUAAUAACUAAUUCUACAGUUUUAGAGGAGGUUUAAUUUAUUUAAUCCUGUACUGAAUUUUCAUUUAUUUCUUAAUGUGAAAUUUGUAUACAAGGUAGAUAUUCAGUAACUGAUUAAUAAAACAUUUAUGAUUGUUUAAAUUGUUAGAAUGGAUAUUAUUUGGAUAAGUUAAUCGGUAAAUGUUUUUAGUGUCCAUCUAAUUUAAAAUGCUUCUCAUGUUAUUAAUAGCAUAAACUAGCUUAAGAUAAUUGGAAAGUAGGUGUUAGAGCUUUUUAUAAAGUAUUUAUUGAAAAAGAUGAUGAACAUCCUUUUAAAGAAUAUGGAUAAAGUUAGAUGUAAGAAGAUUAUGAAAUAAAAUGUAGUUAGUGUUUAUCAGGAUAUUAAUUAAUUAAUAAUUAAUGUAUUUAAUUAUGUUCUGAUAGCUGUUUAUUGUGUUAGUUUAUAGAUGAAUAAUAUUACUGUUUAAAAUGUAAAUUUGGAUAAAAUGGAAGAAGAUUAACCUUAUACAAUAAUCAAUGUAUAGAUUGUUAACCUAAUUGUGCUUUAUGUAGAGUGAGAUCUAAUGAAGAGAUCUUUAAUAUCAAUCCUUUGUUUAACAAUUAGAUAUACAUUAGAUAUUCACAUCAAUGUUUAAAAACUUAUACAAAUACUCAUAAUAUUUAUGAUUAAUAAUUAGGAAUGUUUAUUAAAUGUUUGAAUCCAGAUUCAAGAUGCUAUUUAUAAUAUAACAUCAAUUUAAAUCUUUAUUGCUCUUAAAUAGAAUAUGAAAAUGAUAGAGAUGCUAUAAAUGAUUAAUUUUAAAGAUAACAGUUUAUGCUAGAGAACAUUUUAGUUGAUGAUUUAAUUUCGGAAUCUAGUUUUAAAGAAGUAAGUUUUAUUAUUAUUUAGUAUGAAAAUGAUUUGUUUUAUUUUUAGGCAAAUGAGAAAUUGAUUACCUCUAUUAAAAUAUAUAUUUAAAGUAAAACUAGUCAAAAAUGUAUUAUUCCAGAAGAAUCAAAAAUUUAAUAAAUAUUUAGUCAAAAUAUAUUUUCAGCAAUGUAUAAAAUAAAUUUAUUUUUAGCAAUGUUGAACUAGAGUUUAACUUCAGUCAUGAAAUACAAUUUGUAUUUUAAAGAAUAUUGGAAUUCAAGAAUUUUAAUUCAAUUAAAAUUAAUAAUUUAAGAUUAAUUCCUUAUACUAGUAAUAAACUAAAAUAAAUAAUUUUUACAAGUUGUUUUCCUCUAACUGUUAAAUUAAGUAAUAUUCUCUUUUACUCAUAAAAUAUUACAGUUCAAUCAUAGCUUAAUUUCAUUAAUGUCUCUUCCCUUUAAAUUAUUAAUUUUACUAUAAAUGAAGUAUAUCUUGAAAAAAGUGAUAAAUUUAUCAAAGUAGUUUCUACUGAAUUUUCAAAAUUAAUUUCAAUAGAUAGCUUCUAUCUUUUAAAUUCCAGAUUAGAUGGAAUUAAUCUUAUUCAUCUUGAAUUAAAGUAAUAUGAUAUAUUUACUUUUAUGAAUUCUAUUUUUAAAGGCAAUUUUUACAAUUCAACAAUUAUUUCAACUUAAGAAAAUUAACUAAUAAGCAAAUGUUAUAUGAAAUUUAUUUAAAUUGAAAGUAAUAUUUAGGAUUGCUAAUCAAUUUUUAAUCUUUUUUGGUUUUCAUCUGUAGAACUUUCGAAUUUUAUUAUCUAAAAUUCAUAGCUAUUUAAAACUUCAUUAAUAAAAUUAAAUAAUAAUAGCACAUUGAAUGAAAUCCACAUUUUGAAAUGUUAAUUAAUAGAAUAAUCAGUAGGGAUUUUUAAUUCAGAAUUAGCUUCUUAUGAAAAAUAAUUCAUAAUAAAUAUUUCAAACAUAACAUUUGAAUCAAAUAAAUAUGAUUAGACUAUCAAAUUAUUAAAUAUAUAAAAAUUUACUUUUAUGUCAUCUUAACUUGAAAUAUCAAAUAUCUCAAUAAUAAACAAUGAAAUGAUAAGUAAUUAGUCUGAUUUUAAUCAACUAUUAUAUGAAUCUUCAUUAAUAUAUUUUUCACAAGAUGAAAUAAUUAUCAAUAGAUUAUAAAUAUAAAGAGGGUAUGGAUUGAUUGAUAUUUGCUUUUUUGAAACUAAAUAUCUUCAAAUAAAUAAUGCUAUAAUUACAUAAGGUUAAGAAUAUAAAUUUUAAAUUCACCAAUAUUUAGAUUGUUUACUCAAAUAUAUCAAAGGUCAAUAUUAUCUAUAAUCUCUCUUCAUAUAUUCAUGUGUAAAUUUAACAAUAAAUGACAUAAUAAUCUAAGAAGUAUAUUCUACUAAUUCACCUAUAAUAUCAUAUCAAUCUGCUCUAUUAACAACAGUAUAAUAAACAGAAUAGAUGAUAAUUUCUGAUGUAAAAGUUAUGAAUAAUCUUUUGUUGAUUACUGAACAAAAAUUUUCGGUAAGUAUAAUAAAAAUUGAAUCUGUACAAAUAUCAUCAAUUCUUUUUUCAAACAUAACCUUUAUAAACAAUAUUAUGUAAGUAUAUAUUUAAGAUAAUUUGAAGGUUUCAGCAUUAUUACUUAAUCUUGAUUGUUAAUAAGGUUAAAUUAUAUUAAUAUAAUCACACCUUUCUAAUAAUAUUGUAUUUAAUAGUACAAAUAGUUUAGUUUAAAUAAAGAGUAAAUCACUUGAUGUAAUUAAUUGCUAAUUUUUAAAUAAUUCAAUUUUUAAUUAUUAAAUAUUGCAAGCAAAAUUACUAUGGGGAUUUUCUGAUUAAGAUUUAAUAUUUUUGGAAGAUAUUUAAAAUAUAUUUUAAAUAAAAUCAUCUACAGGAAAUGCUCUAUUUAUUAUAGAAGAAUUAAAUAUAAUGGAUUGUUUAUUUUCAAAUUCUUAAGGAUCAUAUGGAGGAGCAUUCUAAAUAAUUGCUUAAAAUUAUUGCAAUAUUAAAUUAAUUGACCUAAGCUUUGAUAAUGUAAUGACAUCAUUUUAAGAAGAGAAUGAAUAAGGUGGAGGUUUAUUUAUUGAUUCAUCAUCAGCUUUAUCUUUAAAUAUUAAUAUUAGAGAUAUCAGAGCUAAUACUAUAUUUAGUAGAUAUUAAGGAGGAUUAAUAUAUUUAAAAGCAGGAUCAAAAAAUAUCAAUGUUACAAUGGAUCAAUUAAUAUUAAACAAUAUACAUUCAUUAUAAGGUUCAAUAUUUUAUGUUUCAUUCUAAAGUUAAUCCAGUUAUACUAAAAAUUUACAAAUCAGUAAUAUUUUAAUAAAGAAUUCAUAUAGAGUACUAUUAGAAUUUUUAAAUAAAUAUGAUAAAAUCAGUACAAACUAAGAAUAUGCUUUAAAUAAUAAUAAAACUUUAUUUUUUAUAGAAUUUGGUUAAUAAAUUAAAUUUUAAAAUAUAUUUGUUGAAAAUCUUCUUUAUGAAUCAUUUCUUUAAUUAAGUUCUACUAAAAGAUUAAAUAUAAUAAAUUUGUAAAUUAUUAAUUCUAAGCAAUCAAACUUUUUAGUUCAUAUUGAAUCAAAUUAAUGUAAAAUAUAUAAUUUAAUUUAGUUUAAUCUUGUUAAAUAAAUUUUCAUAACAUUUUGAUAUAAAAUACUUCAGUGGGUUAAUUUGAUCUCAUUUAAAAUAAUUGUCCUUAUCUUCCUAAUCCUUUCUAUUAUUCUAAAUCAUUUUAAUGUUUUUCAAUUGAUUAAUAAGUCUAAGCCCCUUCAAAUUUGAUAAAAGCUUUUGAUUCUAACUACCCUUAAGAUUUUUGUUGGAGAAAUCUUAAUCAAAAUCUUACAGAUAUGACUGAAUCAGGACUUAUUUUGUUAACUUAAUUAUAUGAUGGUGAUUUAAUAGAAUUGAAAGAUAUAUAUCUUAUUGAAAUUAAUUGUUCGUUUUGCCAAAAAGGAUUAUUAUCAUUCAAUUAUAAAUCCACAGCUUAAAUAUCAAAAUCAUCUUCAAUUUAGAAUAUUUUUAUUAGAAGCUCAUCUUGUGGAAAAAAAGGUUGUUUCAACCUUUUUAAAAAUAAUUAAAAUAGAUUAUUAUUUUAAUAUAAUGAACAAUAAAAAUAUCUUUUAGAUUUUGAAAGCAUAAUAAAGAAUUACAUUUGUGAAAAUAAUUAAUGCAAAGAGGGUACAUGUAUAAAUUCAUAGAAUAUUAUUAUACACUUAUAGGAUUGCAACUUUUAAAAUAAUUAUGCAUCUUUAAGAGGAGGAGCAAUCUAUACUAAUUCAGAGAUUUUAAUUUAUAAUUGUUAAAUUUAAAAGAAUAUAGCUAAUGUAGGUGGUGGAAUAUAUCAAAUUGAAUCUAUAUAAUAUCCAGUAUUAAAUAAUCAAAUAUAUGAAAAUAUGGCAGAUAAUUUUGGAGAGAAUAUAAUUUCAAUUCCUGAUAAAUUAGCUUUAUAAAUAUAUAAAAUGGAAAUUUUACCAAAUAUAAGAUUGUUCGAUAAUGAUUAACUAACAAUUGAUUAAGUUUACAUAAAGCCUUAUAAAACAAUUGAAGGGAAGAUAUCACAAUAAUUGUUAAUACCAAGUGGAUAAGCAAUUUCAAAAUAUAAAUAUUUCGAUUGGAAAAAUAGAUAAUAUAUCAAAUCAAAUUAUACUUUUCAUCUUGUUUUAUUAAAUUAAUAAAAUUAGAUAAUCAAAAAUUUAAAAGAUACUUCAUGUAGAAUUUAAAGUAGAAUACAUAAUAUAUUAGAAAAUCAAACAGAUUAGGAUAAUUUUUUAUUAAAUUUUACAAAUUUAAAUACUAUUAAAUUUGAUGAUUUAACUUAAAAUUAUAAUUUAGAUAAUAUGAUAAUAUAUUUAGAUAAUGAAUUACCUGAAAAUUUAUGUUUAUUAAUAGAAUUUAUUUGUAAUUCUAUAUAAAUCCCUAUUUUUAAUAAAGAAUUACCUUAUAACUUAAUAGGAAGUCACAAUAAUUAUAAAUUAAGAGUAGAAGUUAGAACUUUACCAUGUUAAUUUGGUGAAAUUAAGAGUGUUGAAAACUUUUCAUGCAUUUUAUGUGAUGAUAGCCAAGGUUUAUUUUCAUUAAAAAUUAAUUAACCAAAAUGCUAAGUGAAAGAUGAUGUAUCAACAAUUAGUGUAAAUUCUUCUUAAUUAAAUUUAAAAUAAGGAUUUUGGAGACCAUACAUAGAUACAAAUAAAGUUUCAAAUUGUCUUAAUUUACUCAGCAAUUGUUUAGGAGGUUUAAUAGAAGGUGAUUAAUCUUGUACUAAUGGACAUAUAGGAGCUUUAUGUGAAGAAUGUGAUCUAUAUAAUACAAGAGGUGAUGGAGAAUAUUCCAUAAGUUAAAGAUUUACUUGUGGUUCUUGUUAAGAAAUAUAAAAAAAUACUGUUAUCAUUACAUUAGUUAGCUUUUGGUAAUUAUAUAAUUAUAUUUCAGGACUUUAAUUUCUGUAUUCAUUUCUGUUUAAGGAACAAUUAAAGCAACACAUAAUGUUUUACCAGAUUUUAAAUUUAUUUUUUAUAAUCCAACUUAAAAUCAUUAAGAUACAUCUGCAAUUUUAAUGAAACUUUUAACAAAUUAUUUAUAAAUACUUGAUAUUAUAAGUACAUUUUAAUUAGAUUUUUCAGAAGGAUUAUAGGGUACUUUAGAGUCAAUUAGUUCACCUUUUGAAUCUAUGAUUUAUUCAUUAGAUUGUUUUUUAUCAAAUACUUUUAAAUAUGAAAUUCACUAUGCUAGAAUGAUUUGGGAAUUAAUUACACCUUUCUUUUAUAUUAGCUUCUUCUUUUUUGUUUACUUUUUAGCUUCUAAAAUUAGGUAUGCAACUUUUAAUAAAAGUGUUAUUACAACUACUCUAAUUUAUAUGUAUAUAUAUUUAUAACCAACUUUAAUUGGUGGAUUUAUGCUUUUGAUUUCUUAUAGAGAAAUUUCAGAUUAUAAAUGGAUUUCAUCAAAUGUAUCUUAUAGAUAUGAUAGCGAUAUUCAUCAAUUAUGGAUAUUUUAAUUUUGUCUACCUUCUCUUUUUACAUUAUCAAUUAUUAUUCCAUUUUAUCUUUUAUUUGGCCUUUAUCAGAAUCGAAAUAAAUUUCAUCUUAAAAUGAUAAAAUAAAGUUGGGGAUAUUUAUAUUUAGAAUAUAGAAAUUUAGCUUAUUAUUGGGAGAUAGUGAAAAUUUUUUAAAGAGAAUUAAUCAUAUUAACUUUAACCUAUUUUGAAGAUAGCAUUCUAAUUAAAGCUAUAAUUGUAGUUUUAAUUUUAAUUAUUUAUCUUAAUUUAAAUAAAAAAUUUAAACCCUAUAAUCUUAAUAAUCUUAACGAACUAGAUUAUUUUUUAACUAAUACUUGUAUAGCCUCAAUCAAUUUAGGUAUUGGAUGUUAUAUUUCCCAACAUUCAAAUUCAACAGGAAUCUCAUAUGUAUUUAUUACAAUUAUUUUCUCUAUCAAUAUUUAUUCAAUUUUAUAUUUAUUUUCUAAAAUUCUCAAAGAAUUUCUAAGAUAACAAAUUAUAGAAUUAGAAUAAAAAAUGAAUUUAAUUAAAAUUACAAUUAUUAAAUAUUUUCCAUUUUUAAUGAAGUUUAAAAUAAUUUCAUAAUUUUUAAAAAAUUAUUAAGAUAAAUAAAUAAGGUAGAAAUAUUUAAUCAAAAGAUUGAAAUCAUACUUAAUGAGAAUAGCUAAAAAAAUCAUUAUAAUUAAGAAUUAAGAAAAAUGCUAUUUUAAUAAUUAGGAAAUUAAUUUCGAUUAAUUUGUAGAUUCAAGGACUAUUACUCCAAUUAUUUCAUCUUCUAAAAAAAGCCUAUGUUAACGCAAUUUAAUCAAAACAAAUUCUCUUAUAUUGUUAUAAUAACAAGUAUGUUAUUAAAUAAAUGACUAAAAGUAUUAUUUAUUUAUAAAAUAGAAGACCAACAUUAUAGUUUAAUACAAAUAUUAAUGAAACAAUAUCUGGAAGAUAAAAUUGA